UUUUGUUUGGUGUUGUUGCAGGAAACGUCUGAAUCGCCACAUGGCUUAGGCUCUGCUGGCAUUUCCAAUGCCGGUGGCAUUGGUGGUGGGUCCAUUGGCAGUGGUGGUGUGGGCGGUGGUGCUGGCAGCAGUAGCCUCUGUCCCAGUGCCUCAUCGUCCAUCAACACUGCCUCCUCCUCCAGUUACAUGCAUGAUCAUCCGCGUACACCACCACCCUAUUCCUGUGUUUAUUGUGCUGCCGGUUUCCCCACGCAGAGUAAAUUGACACGCCAUAUUCUGUCGCAUUCGCUAAAGACAUUGGAAUACCGUGAAAGCGCCGCCACCCAUCCCCUCUUACAUCCGCACCUGUUGACGCACGACUUAAAUAUGUCACCGUUAGCAUACCAAAUGAACGCGGCCAUGGCAGCCACAGCCGCCGGGGGUGAUCCCCAGGAACAGGCGGCUGCCGUUGCCGCCAUGGCCAUGGAUAUUGAUUUUGCCGCCGCCAUAGCAGCGGCUGGUGGUUGUGCUUUUUCCUCGCUUGCCAGUUGUACGGGUCGUGGUUUGGAUCUCGAUGGAAGUGGUGGUGCCGGCGGCGGCGGCGGAGGUUCUUCGUCAUCGGGACGUGGCUGCCGUGAUUCAAGAGGCGGUGCUGGCGGUGGUGGUCGUGGCAGUGGUCUGGACGAUGAUAGUCGCACCUCAUCCGGUAAUGGUGGUUGUCCCUCGAGCAGUCUAUCGCUGUUAAGUGGCGCUGGUUCGUCAACAUCGGCUGCAGCGGCGGCGGCCGCAGCUGCUGCAGCAGCAGCCAGUUCAUCGGCCUCAUCGCUGCUUGGUUCGUCCGCAAUGUCGUCCAAUGAUCCGAAUAGUGUUGUUCUAUGUAAAUUCUGUGGUAAGAGUUUUCCCGAUGUUACCUCACUCAUACAACAUUUGCCGGUGCAUACCGGUGAUCGGCCGUUUAAGUGUGAAUUUUGUGGUAAAGCGUUUAAAUUGCGUCAUCAUAUGAAAGAUCAUUGUCGUGUUCAUACAGGUGAACGUCCAUUUCGAUGUCAAAUGUGCGGCAAGACAUUUUCACGAUCAACGAUAUUGAAGGCGCACGAAAAAACUCAUUUUCCCAAAUAUGCCCGGAAAUAUUUGACCCCAAGUCCGGUGGAUACAAAAGAUGAGUUGCCGCAAUAGUGAAACGAUUUUAGUUUAUUAUUAAAUUAUUAUUAUUAUUACUAUUAUUAUUAUAAUAAUAACAAUUAUAAUAUAAUAAACCAAAAUAAUAACAACAACAAUAAUGGCAACAUCAUCAGCAG